AUGACAGCUGAUCUAAAGCAGCAUUCGUCGCCAGAUCUCAGCGAUGAGACAGGUGCAGCCACUCCAGUGAAUGAGAAAGCCCUCCUGCGGAAGCUUGAUUUACGUCUUCUGCCAGCAGUUGGAAUACUGUAUCUCUUGUCAUUCUUGGACCGCAGCAAUGUUGGAAACGCUCGCAUCGAAGGAAUGAUCGAUGAUUUGCAUAUGUCGGGGAAUGAAUAUCUGACUGGAUUGACUUUGUACUUUAUCGGUUAUGUUAUCUUCGAGAUUCCAUGCAACAUUAUUCUCAAACGGACGACACCCCGACUAUGGCUUCCUACCCUGACGAUUGCUUGGGGCAUUGUGGCGACCCUCCUCGGUAUUGUCCAGAACAAGGCAGGAUUCUUUGUCGCUCGGUUCUUUCUUGGUGUGACAGAAAGUGGACUUUUCCCUGAUGUUGACAAGAUCAAAGGCGUGGUCUACUAUUUUUCAAUGUGGUAUAAGCGGCGCGAGAGACAAUACCGGAUCUCUUUGUUCUUCAGCGCUGCCUCUCUCGCUGGAGCCUUUGGCGGUAUUCUGGCAUAUGGUAUUGGAAAAAUGGCAGGCGUGGUUUGGGAGAAUGGGUGGCGAUGGAUAUUCAUCCUGGAAGGUAUUGCUACCGUGCUGGUCGCUGUGGCAGCAUUCUGGUUCAUCGAGAACUAUCCCAGCACUUCCAAAUUUCUCACUCAGGGAGAGCGUGCUGUCAUUCACGAGCGCCUGAACGUAGAUAGUGAUGCUAUUCGUGAAGAAAAGUUUAGCUGGGCUGCUGUUUGCGAAGCCUUCCAGGAUCCAAGCUGCUGGCUCUAUGGUUUGGGGUUCCACACGAUGAGUUUACCAUUAUAUACACUGUCUCUGUUCAUGCCCACUAUCAUUAAGGACCUUGGAUAUACAGCAGCAGUCGCCCAGCUUUUGACCAUACCGCCUUAUGCUGUUGCUUUUGUUACUACCUUGAGUGUGGCCAUAGCCUCGGAAAAGCUCGCUAAGCGCGCGGUUUUUAUCGCUGGAUCCUCCGCAGUUGCCGUUAUAGGAUACGCUAUUCUGCUCGGAAACACCAACCCAACCGCCAGACCGGGAGUCUCUUACGUUGGAACAUUCUUCGCCGCCGCCGGGAUCUACCCCGCCACGGCACUGGUUCUCAGCUGGCCAGCCAUUAACGUUUCUGGACAGACCAAGCGUGCUAUCGCGAAUGCGAUGCAGAUCAGUAUUGGAAAUCUCGGGGCUGUAUUGGGAACACAGCUGUACAGAUCUGGCGAUGGACCAAGGUUUGUGGUUGGUCACUCAAUGGCCUUGGCAUAUCUUGUCGCGAAUAUUAUUGUGGUAAGUAUUCUGGGGUGGCGGUUGAAGAAGCAGAAUCAAAGUCGGGCCGUGGUAAGUGAGGAGAUCAAGCAUGUUGGCGAGGUGGAAGGUUGGAAGGGUGAUUCAGACCUCAGAUGGAGAUUCGAGUACUAA